GCUUAUCUUGCAGAUCAUCUUAUUCGAUAUCAAAGACGUAGUGUUCAAGGGUUUGAGAGAACUGAUUGUAAAGCGUUCAACUACUACUACAACACACCCUAAAUUGCAAAGAGGUAGAACUAUAGCUCAGAAGUAUGUCGGAGCUCCAAUACCUCCAAGUCCAGCGUGGGCAAGUGCAUGAUGCCAUAGCCCACUCUGACUGGGCCAAGAAGAAGCUGAUAUGGAUCCCUCACCAGGACCAAGGGUUUGUGCAGGCGAGCAUCGUGAAUGAGACUGGAGAGGAGUUGACAGUGUCCAUCAAUGGACAGAAGUCCAAGGUCAACAAGGACGAGGCCCAGAAGAUGAAUCCUCCGAAGUUUGACAAGGUCGAGGAUAUGGCAGAGCUGUCGUUUCUGAACGAGGCUAGCGUCUUGCACAACCUCACCAGCCGCUACUACUCUGGACUCAUCUACACGUACUCCGGCCUGUUCUGCGUGGUGGUCAACCCCUACCGUCUCUACCCAAUCUACACGGAAAAGGUCAUUGACCUCUACCGUGGCAAGAAGCGUCAUGAAGUGCCCCCACACAUCUACGCCAUUACUGACCAGGCUUACAGGAACAUGCUGCUGGACCGUGAGGACCAAUCCAUUCUGUGCACGGGUGAGUCUGGAGCUGGUAAGACGGAGAACACCAAGAAAGUGAUUCAGUACCUAGCGGUGGUGGCUAGCUCAUCCCAUAACAGUGAUAAGAAGAAGCAGCUGCAGAGGAAGGCCAGCUCUUCCCUCGUCACCAAGGCAGGACUGAGUAUGACCCAAGGUGAACUAGAGUCCCAGCUGCUACAGGCCAACCCCAUCCUCGAGGCUUUCGGCAACGCCAAGACCAUCAAGAAUGACAACUCCUCACGUUUUGGUAAAUUCAUCAAGAUCAACUUUGACCAGAGCGGUUUCAUCGCUGGAGCCAACAUUGAUACCUACCUGCUGGAGAAGUCUCGUGCCGUCCACCAGUCCUCGGAUGAGCGAACCUUCCACAUCUUCUACCAGCUUAUCUGCGGGAUGAGCCCGGCGGAGAAGAAAGAGUUCAUUGUUGAGGACCCGAAGACGUACAAGUUCCUCGCCAACGGCAACCUUCCUGUGCCUGGGGUGAACGAUGCCCAAGAGUUUGAGGACACGAAGGAGGCCAUGGUCAUCAUGGGCAUGACCGACGAGGAGCAAUCCUCCGUGUUUCGUGUGGUGUCGGCAGUCCUCCACUUUGGCAACAUGGUGUUCAAGCAGGAGCGUUCCUCCGAUCAGGCCAUGCUACCUGACAACACAGUGGCUCAGAAGAUCUGCAAACUAUUGGGCAUGUCCGUGACAGACUUCACCAAGGCGAUGCUCAAACCUCGCAUCAAGACAGGACGAGAGUUCACUGUCAAGGCACAGUCCAAGACCCAGGUUGAGUUUGCCAGUCAGGCGCUGGCCAAGGCUCUCUACGAGCGUCUCUUCAAGUGGGUCGUGUUCCGUGUCAACAAGUCUCUUGACCGCACCAUCCGCUCUGGCUCCUCUUUCAUCGGCAUCUUGGACAUUGCUGGUUUUGAGAUCUUCAAGACCAACUCGUUUGAGCAGAUGUGUAUCAACUACACAAACGAGAAGCUUCAGCAGUUGUUCAACCACACCAUGUUCGAACUGGAGCAGGAAGAGUACAAGGUGGAGGGCAUCGAGUGGACCUUCAUCGACUUUGGCCUCGACCUACAACCGUGUAUCGACCUCAUUGAGAAGCCGAUGGGUAUCCUCUCACUGCUGGACGAGGAGUGCUGGUUCCCCAAGGCCACAGACAAGAGCUACGUGGAGAAGGUUCAUCGUGAGCACAACGCCAACAGCAAGUACUCCAAGCCAGACUUCAGGGCCAAGGCUGACUUCACACUCAUGCACUACGCAGGAAACGUGGACUACGUGUGUGAGUCGUGGCUGAUGAAGAACAUGGACCCCCUCAACGACAACGUGGUGUCUCUGCUGGCUAACUCGAGCGACACCUUCGUGUCCAGCCUCUGGAAGGACACAGCCAACAUUGUCAGCAUGGGGGUGGGCGCCGAGAGUGCAGGGUCAAAGUUCGGAGCACAAAAAACACGCAAGGGCAUGUUCAGGACAGUCGGACAGCUGUACAAGGAGCAACUGGCUAACUUGAUGGGUACCCUUCACCAGACACAGCCUCAUUUUGUUCGCUGCAUCAUUCCCAACCACGAGAAAAAGGCUGGUAAGAUCCAGGCUCACCUGGUGCUGGACCAGCUGCGAUGCAACGGAGUGCUGGAGGGGAUCAGGAUCUGUCGGCUCGGUUUCCCCAAUCGAAUCCUCUUCCAAGAGUUCAGACAGCGCUAUGAGAUCCUAACACCAGGGGUCAUCCCCAAGGGCUUCAUGGACGGCAAGAAGGCUGCCGAGGACAUGCUGAAGGCACUGGACCUGGACCCUGCCUCGUAUCGUAUUGGGCACUCGAAGGUGUUCUUCCGUGCUGGUGUGUUGGCUCAACUGGAGGAGGAGAGGGACAUCAAGCUCACUGAGGUCAUUAUCAGUCUCCAGGCACGCUGUCGUGGCUAUCUCGGCAGAAAGGCGUACCAGAAACGUAUGGAGCAGUUCCGUGCUAUCCGCAUCAUUCAACGCAACGUGCAGAGUUACCUGAAGCUACGCAACUGGCAAUGGUGGCGUCUGUUCACAAAGGUCAAGCCUCUCCUACAAGUGACCAACGCAGAGGAACAGAAGAGAGAGAUGGAGGAAGAUAUAAAGCGACUCAACGAUCGUCAUGAGAAACUCAACUUCGAACUCUCAGACCUUGGAAAGAAAAAUGAGCAGGUUCUCCUCGAGAACCAACGUCUAGAGGACUCUCUUCGAGAAGAGAAGUUCCUUACCCAAGAAGCGGAGGAGAUGAGGAACAUUCUUUCUCAGAAGAAGAUAGAGCUGGAGUCGAUGAUCCAAGAGGCAGAAGUUCGCCUCGAGGAACAGGAAGAGGUCAACGCUCAGAUGCAAGCUGAGAAGAGCAAACUCACGAAUGAAAUCCACGGACUUGAGGAACAGCUUGAGGAGGAGGGAGCCAAUAAUCAGAAGCUGCUCACAGAGAGGGCAGCUGCCGAGAGCAAGAUCAAAGGACUCGAGGAACAAAUGACACUCAGCGAGGACAACGUUUCCAAGCUGUCUCGAGACAAGAAGACGCUUGAGGAGAAGCUCGGGGAGACCCAGACUGCACUUGAGACGGAGGAAAACAAGUCGAAACAAGAGCAUCGUCAACGAGUUAAACUUGAGUCCAACCUACAAGACGUAGAGGAGAAGCUGGACAGGGAGACCAAUCGUCGCAACGAACUUGAGAAAGAGAAGCACAAGUCCCAACAAGAGACAGCAGAUCUUCAGGAACAGCUGGCCCAGGCCCGACAGAGGAUCGAGGAUCUUGAGAGCCAAGUGGCUCGACUUCAGAAAGAACUAACCGCCAUGACUGCAAAGGCCGAGGAGGAGGCCGCUGCUCGUGUUAAACUGGAGAAGGAGAAACGAGAGCUCCUGGCACAGCUACAGGAGACACAGGACGACCUUGAAUCCGAACGUGAGGGACGUGCUCGAGCAGAGAAACAACGUAGACAACUUAACGAAGAAUUAGAGUCCCUCCGAGACUCCCUCGAGGUGUCAGAAAGCUCGACAGUUGCCCAACAGGAGAUUCGAACCCAGCGGGAGAACGAACUCGCUCAGUUCAAGAAACAGCUGGAGGAUGAGACGGCCAAUCACGAGUCCACCGUCGCUAGCAUGAGGUCCAAGAAUAACAAGGCAAUGGAGGACCUCAACGAUCAGCUGGAGGCAGCAAAGAAAUCUAAGCAGAAUCUCGAGAAGGCCAAGCACAACCUUGACGUUGAGAAGCAGUCUCUGGAGCAAGACCUUCGCGAGAUGACCACUUCCUUCCAAGAGAGUGACAAGAGGAGGAAGAACACUGAGUCAGCUCUCAGUGAGGCACAGUCUCGUAUCACGGAGGACACUUCUAAGAUACAGGAGCUCAGCUCACAGAACGCCAGGAUGUCUGGUGAAAACUCUACUCUGAACAGUCAGUUGGAGGACUUGGAUCGCAAGCAAUCCGGUUCAGACAAAUUGGUCAAGAACCUCAACGAACAGUUGGAAGAGCUUCGAGAGCAACUGCAAGAAGAGACACGGGCUAAGAUUUCCGGGUCCAACAAACAGAAACAGCUGGUUGAUGAAGUAGAACGCCUUCAGGGACAACUAGAGGACGAGGAGGAAGCUAAAGCCUCCCUCCAGAGCAAGGUGGUCAGCCUCACGCAACAGCUGGCGGACGCUAAGAAACGCUCUGACGAUGACCAGGUUGAUAUUGAGGAGCUACAAGCAGCCAAACGUAAACAAGACAAAGAAAUGGAGGCACUCAACGAUCGUAUAGAAGAGGUCAAGGCCGAGGCUCAGAAGGCACUAAAGAGCAAGAAGAAAGUGCAGGAAGAGCUUGACGACCUGAACCUGAACUUUGAGAACACUCGCAGUCAAAUCUCAAGCCUUGAGAAGAAACAGAAGAAGUUUGACAGCCAGCUGGCCGAGCAACAAGCCCUUGCCGAUAAGAAUGCAGGUGACAGAGACACAGCUGAAGCCCGCGCCCGUCAGGCCGAGACCAAGUCCCUCUCUCUUCAGAGGGAACUGGAUGAGCUCCAAGACAAACUAGACGAGGUCGAUCGAAUGAGGAAACAGCUACAGUCUGAGAGAGACGGCCUGGUGGAGUCCAAGGAUGAUGUCGGUAAGAAUGUCCACGAGUUGGCCAAGGCUAAGAAAGCGCUCGAGGCACUGCUGGAGGAACAGAAGCAGCUGCUGGAGGAGAAUGAGUUGCAGGUUGUGGAGGAUGCCAAGCUCAGGCUUGAGGUAAAUCUACAAGCUGCCAAGAGCAACUUUGAGCGUGAACUGGGCCAGAAAGAGGAGGCAGCUGAGGAGGGUCGUCGCAGCCUCAUCAAACAGCUGCGUGAGUUGGAACAGUCUCUAGAAGACGAGAGGAAGAACCGCUCCAUUGCUCAGAACGAGAAGAAAAAAAUGGAGUCUGAGCUGGCCGAUAUCGAGGGACAGAUUGACGCCGAGGCAAAGGGACGUGAAGACGCUCAGAAGAUGUACAAGAAAGCACAGGCUCAGUUUAAGGAGUCUCAGUCGAAGGUAGACAAUGCCAACCGCUCUCGUGACGAACUAGCCACUCGACUGAAGGACUUGGAGAAGAAGGUACGCAACCUUGAGGCAGAUGUGACCCAGACACAAGAAGAGAAGACUGGGGCCGAGAAGGCUCGUAGGAAUGCCGAGGGUGAGAGGGAUGAUCUACAGGACGAGUUGACCUCUGCCAAUGCCAAAGCUACGGCUCUCUCUGAGGAGAAACGUCGCCUCGAGGGCAAGCUUGCCACUCUGGAAGAAGACUUCGAAGAGGAGCAGCUGGCCAGUGAGACUGCCCAGGAGAAGACCUCCAAACUACAGCAACAGGCCGACCAGCUCGCAGGAGAGGUGUCUCAGCUACAAGGGGCCGUUUCCAGGGCUGAGAAAGCCAAGAGCCAGCUCGAGAAACAGGUGAAAGAUCUCCGUGAGAAGGUAGAGGAGGCAGAGUCCUUUGGUGCUCACAGGGUGAAGGCACAGCUGUCCGCCAUGGAAGGCAGAGUCACCAGUUUGGAGGAACAGCUUGACGUAGCCACCAGGGAGCGUGCCAACGCCCACCGUACUCUUCGUCGUCAAGACAAGAAGAUGAAAGAGCUCGUGGCUAAUAUUGAGGAUGAGAGGAAGAUGGCUGAGACGUACAAGACUGACGCUGACAAGGCUCUCAGUCGCAACAGGACUCUCAAGAGGGCAGCUGAUGAAGCUGAGGAGGAAUCUGCUCGCAUCCAAACGGCCAAGAGGCGUCUCCAACGUGAAGUGGACGAACUGACAGAGCAAAAUGAGACUCUUCAGAGGGACCUGACAAAUGCAAAGAAGGCGGGUGGUGCCGGUGGUCGUCGCUUCACCAGUGGGAGCGGGUCGAGUGCCAUCCGCUCUGGGCGCAGGGGUCGUCCCGGGACUGGGGGUCAGUCGGGUCACUCAGCCAACAGCGGUGACUCUCUGGCCGAUGAUGAUGAUGAUAUGUAGACUUGGAAACUUCUAGAAGAACUUGAUAAUGUAGUUAGAAUGAAUUGUUAGCAAUUGUACACAUAUCGUGGUAGUAGGUGUUUUUAAGCUGAGAAACAAUUUGACUGUUGUAUUAUUUGUAGUCAAUAGAAGUUUUGAUCUUGUAAUUACAUUAUUUCUUGUUUGUCAAUAACAACAUUAACAUAAUAAUUUUAUUGACAUUA